GGCAAACACCUCUUGCGCAUUCUGAAGUGCAUCUUAUCUUAUAUAUCUCUAGAGAUAUUCUAGAAAGCCGUUUGUGUCCUUCUUGUCAACAUUCUUACCAUAGCAUAAUUCGAAAAUAUCGCUGGCACAUUGCAACUGUCAACUCAAAUUCGAUGAGAUAGCCGUGUGCGACCGAGCUAUCACUAUGGCAGGCAACCGAGUCAAAUACACGCCCCCGCCUUCGCCGCCUUCGCCCACGGCCUCCUACUACGAUGUCAGCGAUGCCGAAGAGGAUGACUAUAACACUAUAUCGCACUUGACCUCCCGCCGAGGAGUCAAGCUUCUAUUCUCCAAGAGCAAAGUCUAUGUCCACCCCACUCCCUCCUCUAAAGACAAUAUCCCUGGGUUUAUUGCCCUGAUCCAACAAAAGCCCCUUCCCUAUGCCUCCGGAACCUCUACCGCCACCAAUCACACCAAAGACAUCUCAUCUUACCUCCUCGCCUGGGUACCGGAAUCCUCCCUUGGUGACGCCUACAGCACCUACGUCAAAGUUGACUUAUCGGACGACGCCUCCCCUCCGCGACAGAAAUACCUCGUGCCCGCCCUCCCCACCACGACCACCUACAAAGACCCCAUAGGCCUCUACGCCUUCGCCGUGCCCCUGUCAGAGAUCUAUUCACUCCUCGUGCGACCGCCAAGUCUGGGAUGGUGGUUUGGCAGUCUCGUGAUCAACACCCGCGCCGGGGACAGCUUCCCCGCACUAUUCUUCCACGACAGCGAGUGCGAGUCGACGAUACUGCAGAAGAAGAAGAGAACCCGGGAGAGCUUUGAUCCUUUCGGAGAGGAUGGGAGUGUGUUCUGGGGAGGGGACGAGGUGUUGCGAUGGCUCCGGAGAUACGUUGAGGUGCAACGGUCCGCUCUGGACAGUAGCGUCUAUCUCAUAAACCCCUCCGAGGAGGAUCGGAUCUCCUUCGGACAACAACCAACUUCGGACGCCGCGAGGACCUCCCAGGACCAGACUGUUGCUCCAGCGCAACCCGGGGGAAGCAGACAACCAGAUGCUGGCAUGGACCCAUUUGUGAAGACGCUUAAGGAAGCACGGUGGAAAGUUCUUGAAUCGCUCAGCAAGAUUACGACCUUCACCAGGCGAACCGCGAAUGAAUUGGCGGACAACCCCAGAAUACCUCCCCAGGUUCGUCGCUUGAUGAGGACACCUGAAAUCCAGACUUUGCAGGAUGAAUUCGACAGUGCUAGGCUAUAUCUUGCUCGUUGGGCCAUGAGCAUCUCGGAACAGAGUGAGCGCGAAAGAAACCAACGCAUCUGGACUGCGCGGGAUGUGCUUGGGAUGGAGAAUAGCUCGGUGGGCGACUUUGAGAUCCUAGAACUGGAGACGGGAACCUUGUCCAUCCAAGAGCGUCGGAAAACAGUGACUCUGGAAGAGUGGGAGGGUUUCUUCGACCCGCAUACGGGCCGGUUGCAAGUGACUGUUGAAGAAGUGAAGGAGCGAAUAUUCCACGGUGGGCUGGACCCCAACGACGGCGUCCGGAAAGAGGCAUGGCUUUUCCUUCUCGGCGUGUAUCCGUGGGAUAGUUGUCGCGACGAGCGCCAGGCUCUGGUCAGUUCGAAAAGAGACGAGUACAUUCGCCUGAAAGGUGCUUGGUGGGAAAAGAUGAUCGAAGGCGGCUCCACGGCAGAAGAGUAUGACUGGUGGAAAGAGCAGAGGAACAGAAUAGAGAAAGAUGUUCAUCGCACAGAUCGCACGAUACCCCUAUUUGCUGGCGAAGACAUCCCCCAUCCGGACCCUGACUCGCCUUUUGCCGAGACCGGAACGAACGUGCAUCUAGAACAAAUGAAAGACAUGCUUCUGACAUAUAACGAAUACAACCCUGAUCUUGGAUAUGUCCAAGGCAUGAGCGAUCUUUUAGCGCCAAUAUACGCUGUCAUGCAGGAUGAUGCCGUUGCAUUUUGGGCCUUUGUCGGAUUCAUGGACAGGAUGGAACAAAACUUCCUCCGGGAUCAAUCCGGCAUGCGCGCACAGCUGACUACACUGGACCACCUUGUCCAGCUCAUGGAUCCGCAGCUCUACCUCCACCUCCAAUCUGCCGAUAGUACCAACUUUUUCUUCUUCUUCCGCAUGCUCCUGGUCUGGUACAAGCGGGAAUUCGAAUGGGUGGACGUCUUGCGUCUGUGGGAGACGUUAUGGACGGAUUACCUGUCGAGCAGCUUCCACCUUUUCAUUGCCCUGGCAAUCCUCGAGAAGCACAGGGAUGUGAUCAUGGACCAUCUGAAGCAGUUCGAUGAAGUCCUGAAGUACAUCAACGAACUAUCCAACACCAUGGAACUCGUUCCCAUUCUGACUCGCGCCGAAUCUCUCUUCCACCGCUUCGAACGAGCCGUUCAAGCCAUCGACAAGAAAAACAACUUCCCCUCUCCAUCUCCAGCAGCCUACCAACGCAAACCCACUACGAACUCCCCUGCUGCCGGUGACACUACCAACGACAACAACAACAACAACAACAAGGGCAAAUCCCCCGAACGUCCUCCGCAAUCCGCCGGCUUCGCCACCGGCAGCAGCGCCGCUGCCGGGCCCAGCAACCGACCAGGCGACAAGGACGCAAAGGUCAUCUCCCCGGAACUAAGACAACUCUUCGCCAAAGACAUCCCAUGGGCUCGCAAGGCCCGACAAGGUUCGAAACCCGGACCACAACAACAGCAGGAGACGGCGGGGACAUCCGAGCGACGUUCGUAGAACUUCCUCCAAGAGUCUGACUAGUAGCAACAAUAGCUAGUUCUCUCCCAUGUUUCUCGAUAUGAUAAUUUAUGAUGUGAAAUGAUACCUGUGACUGGUUUUGGUUUGCCUUUCUCAAAUACUAUAUCCUCUCUCCCUCGCUAUCUACUU